UGUAACCAAUUUGUGAAGGGUAUGGGGUAUGAAUAUUUACUGUCAUCACUCACCACCCUGGGGCUCAGGUUGUGGUAGGGGCAACAAUAUAAGUUAGAAUUUAGGGAAUCCACAUGCCUCCCAACACACACACACACACACACACACACACACACACAGCUGCUGGGGGCGUUUUCACUAAGUAUUUACUGAGCUACUGCUGUAGACCAAACGCUGCUCAUGGUACCCAAGGUCCAGCUGUUAAUUCUUGCCUUCGUGGAGCAUGCCUUCUAGUGGCUUUGGAAAGAACACUAAAUUAGAAGUUCUUCAGACCUGAACGUAGCCAUACAUGUGGCCAAUUAUUUAAUUUUCUUUAGGUAUGGUUUCUUCUCCAAAUGCGACAGUGGUGAUAACAGAAAUGGUGUGGGAAUAAAAUGAGACCAGAUGGGCAAUGCGCGGCCUGCCCUGGGACACUCCUAAAGCGCUGGUUGCGGGGAAGCCGGUGGUUGGGCAGGCCCGCUGGACCUGACCUCUGGGGUCGGGAACGUCGGAGCCGCCAUACAAGCAAAAACCAGGAGGACCCAGCCUCCACAUUACUGGGUGGGAGCUGUCCCUGCCGGAGAGAGCGUGGCCUGCUGGGACCUGACGUCUCGCGGUGCCUACUGGGAUGCCUAGCUUCCGAGAGCGGCUAUUGGUCCCGCCCCGCGGACCGACGAGAGAAGCAGCCAAUCAGAGAAGGCAGCGUGCGGAAGCGGAAGUGAGGUUUCCGUGGAGACAGCGAGCCUGCGGAAGGCGGCGGCGGAAGCACCUGCGGGAGAAGGCUGAGGCAGGGUAUGGUGCCUCCGGCGGCCCUGUGAGAGCGAAGCGGCCGCGGGGCUCGCCAUGCGCCGGCGGCCCUGACAUGGGCGCCAGUGGCUCCAAAGCUCGGGGCCUGUGGCCCUUCGCCUCGGGGGCGGGGGGCGGCGGCCCGGAGUCAGCAGUCGCUGAGCAAGCUUUGGUGCGGCCGCGAGGCCGAGUCGUGCCCCCCUUCGUAUUCACGCGCCGCGGCUCCAUGUUCUAUGAUGAGGAUGGGGAUCUGGCUCACGAGUUCUACGAGGAGACAAUCGUCACUAAGAAUGGGCAGAAGCGGGCCAAGCUGAGGCGGGUCCAUAAGAACCUGAUUCCUCAGGGCAUCGUGAAGCUGGAUCCUCCCCGCAUCCACGUGGAUUUUCCUGUGAUCCUCUAUGAGGUGUGAGCCUGGGGAGUGGCAGGCGUAAACACUCCCUACCCCAGCAAGAAACCCCCAGGCUCAAGGUGUGGCUUCCAUUAAGGAACCUAAGCUGGGGCCACAACCCUGAAUAAACUGCAUUGGCCUGGAACCUUCAGCUGUGAGCGGGGCAGUCCUGCAGUGUUGGUCGGGUGUUGGUUUGUAUGUGGACAAGAGGUGGCUGGCGGCUGGUGAGGGCUAAUGGCAGAGUUACCAGCCCACCUUCCCCAGCAAUCCCUACAAGGAGCAUGGCAGGGCAUAUGCUGGUCAGGAAUGCCUGGUUCUUGCACCCUUGCCUGGCCUGCUUUCUUCCAAGCUUGCCUAGGGCCCAGCCCUGCUAAGGGUUACAGCACUUUACAAGCAAGGUCUGCCUUCUUCCAGCCCCUGGGCUGCAGGAGCUGUACGCAAGCGGGAACUUCCCUUCCCUCAUUUCCCUUACCCCCUUGUUGGAGCAUUUCAGCCGUUUGCUACCUCGAUUCCUCCUGUGUUGGACAGAGGCUGGGGGCAGUGCAAGCCUGAUUCUUCCUGUCUACCUGCUCAUCUGUUCCCACUCCCAGACGGAUGGACAGUUUGCCAGCUGUUAAUAGGAGAUGGGACUGGUAUAGGAGGAUACUCCCUCCACCCAGGGCUGGGCUGAUCCCUCCCCACUGCAACUACUUGUUGCCCCCACACACAUCCCAGUUGAGAGGGCCUAAGAUGGGAUCACGAAGGGCUAUGGAUGCCUGUGCCUAUGGGGAGUUGUACCAACCCAUCUACUUUGUCUAAUCCUCCAUGCCUUUGUACCAGCCCCACACAAACCCCUGCCAUUGGGUGACCAUCCGCCACCCAUUGGUGAGGAACAGCACCCUAGGGCUGGUGCCAAUAGCUAUAAGGAGCCCAUCACCCCUUUCCCUAAGUAUACCCAUCCCUCAGGAUCAGUCAAGGGAAGGUAUUGGAGCCCCUGGGUAAGGACAGAAAGGAGAGAUCAACCAUAAAGGAAUACUUAAAAUGUGAAAGUUUGUAAAUAGUUUAGUCCAUGAUGUUGGGGCAGAGUCUGAUUUCUACAUCGAAAUGAUUUUUUUUUUUUAAUUCCUUACUGUGCAAGCUCUGUGCUUUUAAGAGUGUGGGAAAUGGCUUGGGAAGGGUGGCCCCUAAUCUAAGAAGAAGACUGUUGUGUUAUUUGUUUAGUUUCAAUAAAAUUAUUUGUAGACCCUGCA